GGUGAUGCGGCCGCGUCCCGGCAUCAUGACGGUGCUGAUGCCGCACUCUGUGCUGCUGCCCUCCGCAGUGGAGGGGUACGCAAUAGACGCGUUCAUGUACGGGGACUUUGCGCGAAGGAUACGCGAUAAGCUGAGCGAGCUGCGGCCUCUAAUCCCAGCAGGAGGGUGCGGGCCACGGCCAUGCCUGCUGCAAAUGAACCCACCGUUGUGCCCUACCGACGCGGUUGCGCUGCCGCCGAAGGUGCUUCAUCCUGGGAGGACCGAUGCAAUGCGCCGGGUGCAGAAGGCUUUCCGCUUGUGGAAGUCUUUUUCUUUGUUGAGGCACCGUGGAGGACGAUGGUUGGGCCCCGGCAAUGGGGCCAGUGAGGAGGAUAAAAGGAACAGGACUUUUUGGAAGAGCACGGCGCGUCAGUACCAUGUGGCGGUGUUGUAUGAAGACGUAAAUGCCGUGCGUGGUGGUUGA